AUGCCGUCGUUUAACGUACAAACAUACGGAGCUAGAGGUGAUGGGAAAACAGACUCAACCCAACCAUUUUUGACGGCUUGGUCAUUAGCAUGCGGCUCAGAGGCUCGAGCCAUGGUCUACAUCCCCCGUGGAACAUACGUGGUACGUAAUCUUGUCUUUUGGGGUCCUUGCAAGAACGUUAUAACUUUCAAGAUCGAUGGAAAACUCGUGGCUCCGGAAAAUUACUGGAGUAUAGCUACUUCCGAGUAUUGGAUCCUAUUUGCCAAGGUAAACCGGAUCUUGGUUUACGGUGGAACUAUUGAUGCUAGAGGAGCUGGUUUUUGGUCUUGUAGAAAGAAAGGUGGCCAUUGUCCUCAAGGUGCAAGAUCUAUAUCGUUUAGCUGGUGCAAUGAUGUUCUACUAAGCGGCCUAACGUCGUUAAAUAGCCAGAAUAUUCACGUCACGGUUCAUCAUUCUUCUAAUGUUCGGAUUCAAAACAUAAGAAUUAGGGCUCCAAGUGGAAGCCCUAAUACUGAUGGUAUCAUCGUCCAGUCUUCUACUGGGGUCACCGUUAGUGGGGGAGUCAUUAGAACUGGCGAUGACUGCAUUGCUCUUAAUCAAGGAUCUGUGAACAUUUGGAUAGAACGUGUGCAGUGUGGACCCGGACAUGGAAUCAGCAUUGGGAGUCUUGGGGAUCACGCUAACGAGGAAGGUGUCAAGAAUGUAACCGUCACGAGCUCUGUUUUCACCAAGACGCGUAACGGUGUAAGAAUAAAGAGUUGGGCUAGGCCGAGCCAAGGGUUUGUGAGAGAUGUUGAGUUUCGAAACUUGGUUAUGAGGAAUGUUGAGAACCCGCUGAUCAUCGAUCAAAACUAUUGCCCUAGUGGAAAAGGCUGCCCUAAUCAGAGCUCUGGUGUGAAGAUAAGUGGAGUGACUUUUGCAAACAUAAAAGGAACAUCAACAACACCAAUAGCUAUGAAACUAGAUUGUAGUGGAAGCAAUCAUUGCACAGGGCUUACAUUAAGAAACAUUAAUCUCACUUACGUGCAAGGAUCAACAAUUUCUUACUGCAAGAACGCUCAUGGACGAGCCUCUGGAGUUGUGGCUCCAAUGAAUUGUAUGUGA